CCCGCAUCCGAGAGAGAGGUCUCGGCCGCAAAGCUCGCGAGAGGACAUGUCCGCGACGGCGGCGAGAGAGGAUUCAUCAACGUGCUGUAAUUAAGAGGCCAGUUGCCUGGACACAAUGGACCACUUAGGGACAGCAGACACUGAGGAUGAUUCAGGAUCAUUAACAAAUCUUGCUCCUAGUCCUCAUAGUGAAGCAGUUGCUCAUGAAUUUCAGGAACUCUCAUUGCAGCCUAGUCAGUAUUUACCUCCCCUCACUGAACGAAAGAAUGUACUUCAGCUUAGGCUGCAGCAAAGACGGACAAGAGAACAACUGGUGGACCAGGGCAUCAUGCCACCUUUGAAAAGCCCAGCUGCAUUCCAUGAGCAGAGAAAGAGCUUGGAACGAGCCAGGACUGAAAAUUUUCUGAAGCACAAGAUUCGCAGCAGACCAGAUCGAUCAGAAUUGGUCAGAAUGCAUAUUCUGGAAGAGACAUUUGCAGAACCCUCUCUGCAGGCAACUCAGAUGAAACUGAAGAGAGCUCGGCUGGCAGAUGAUUUGAAUGAGAAGAUUGCUCAGAGGCCUGGCCCUAUGGAACUGGUGGAAAAGAACAUCCUUCCUGUAGACUCCAGUGUUAAAGAAGCAAUUAUAGCAGUUGGACAAGAGAGUUAUCCCCAAGCUUUGGAUGAUUACUCAUUUGAUGAAGACAGCAGUGACGCUUUAUCUCCAGAUCAGCCUGCUAGCCAGGAAUCCCAGGGUUCAGCAGCGUCUCCUGGUGAGCCAAAAACAAGUGACUCGCCAUCAUCAGUCACACCGAACACUACUUCUACCACACAGUAUCUCUCAUUAACCUCUGCAGUCCCUGAAUUCCUAAAGCCUGCCCCCACCACUGAGCAGCACACUACACACUCUACAACUACUACUACCACUCUGACCACAAAUACUCUAUCUGCAGCAAAGCCUGGGCCAACUUUGGUAAAGCAAAGCCACCCCAAGAACCCAAAUGACAAGCAUCGGAGCAAGAAAUGUAAAGAACCUAAGCCUAGGGUAAAGAAGUUGAAGUAUCAUCAAUAUAUCCCACCUGAUCAGAAAGGUGAGAAGAACGAGCCACAGAUGGACUCCAAUUACGCUCGUUUACUACAGCAACAGCAGCUUUUUUUGCAGCUGCAGAUCCUGAGCCAACAGCAACAACACUACAACUACCAGACAAUUCUACCUGCACCGCUCAAACCUCUCAGUGACAAACAGAACAACAACGGGAAUAUACCACUGACUACUUUGAGCAACAGCACACCUACGUCAGUAGCCUGCACACCAAGACAGAACAGUAAUAUUCCCAGCAGAAAACCAGGACCGCUUCCUUCAAGCUUGGAUGACCUGAAGGUAGCUGAACUGAAGAUGGAAUUGAAAUUAAGGGGAUUGCCAGUGUCUGGAACUAAAACAGAUCUUAUUGAGCGUCUAAAACCCUACCAAGAUUUUAAUAAUAAUAAUGGUGUCAAUACUAAUAAAGUGGUUGCAAUAACCACUUCUACUGGUGUCAUCAGUAACACGGGGGAGGUAACUGUGGCAUUCCCUGUUACAACAUUAAAUAAAUCAGUGGGGAGCUUUCCUUCAGAAACGUCGUCUUCUGGAACUGGCUUCAAAUUAGCACAUACUGAAAGCAUUAGCUCCCCUUUGCCCAUUUCACCAUCUCCUUCAGAACAAUCAAGUCUGAGCACAGAUGACACAAACAUGACAGAUACUUUCACAGAAAUGAUGAGCAUGAUGUCACCAUCCCAGUUCUUAAGCACUUCACCUCUAAGAGUGACUGUGAAUGAAGACAGUCUGAGUCAUGGCAGUGGAAGCAUUUCAAGCAUGGAGCUUGAUGCAGCAGAAAAGGACCGCAAGCUUCAAGAAAAAGAGAAGCAGAUUGAAGAGCUCAAAAGGAAACUGGAACAAGAACAGAAACUUGUGGAAGUACUGAAAAUGCAACUGGAGGUUGAAAAACGGGGUCAGCAGCAGCAGCAAUCCCAGACUCCUGUUAACUCCAUAACUACGCUGGAUCAGAAACAAUUAAAUGCUGCUAUCAAAGAUGAAAAUACUCUCACUGAUUGCUCUAGUCCAAGGCAACCAGUAUCUGUAACGAGCCAUUCUUUAGGACAGCCAGUGUCUACUGGUGGCCAGAACCUAGUUGCUAAAAAGGCUGUUGUUAUCAAACAGGAGAUACCUUUGGCCAAAGCUGAACCACAGAAUGUAAUCUCUCAAUUCUAUGUGAGUUCACAGAGGCAGCCACAAACUGCAGUUGUUGCCCAGCCUCCAGCUUUACUAACUACCCACGGAACAACACAGUUGCUACUCCCACUGUCUAUCCAAGGACCGAAUUCAGCCACUUCAGUGCAGCUACCAGUGGGCAAUAUACAGCUACAGGCUCAGUCACAAGCAGGAAUUCAGGCUUCAUCACAAGUAUCUGCGCCUGUUUCAUCUUCUGGUCUAGUUCAGACAGCACCACAGAUUCAUGGUCCACCAUCAAAACAAAAUACUGUCACCCAGUAUGUGCUUAGUCAGGCCCAACAAAUCAGAAAGGUUUUCCCAUCUAAUACAUCAAAUACAGUAUUUCCCUAUCAAAAUCCACCUGUUACAACACUACAGCAGCCUUUUAUCAAUAAGGCAUUAAACACUAGCCUUGAUGCUGGGAAGAACCAGGUUCCCUCAGUGCAAAAUGGACCCAGUAAGCCUGACUCACCACCUGAGUCCCAGCCAUAUAUCAUACAACACUCUCUAUUCAGCAAUCCAGUAACCAAGACAAAAGACCCUCCACGUUAUGAAGAGGCCAUAAAACAGACCCGCAACAUGCAGGCAUGUCAGCGAGAGAUUUCAAAUGCACACAGUCAGCAGAUGGAUGAUCUCUUUGAUAUCCUCAUUAAGAGUGGAGAGAUUUCCCUCCCUAUAAAAGAGGAACCAUCUCCCAUUUCCAAAAUGAGACCAGUUACAGCCAAUAUCACCACAAUGCCAGUGAACACAGUGGUAUCUCGCCCACCACCACAAGUCCAAAUGGCACCUCCUAUGUCUUUAGAACCAACAAACAGUUUGUCUCUAAGUUUGGAGAACCAACUUGAAGCUCUCUUGGAUGGAACUUUACCUUCAGGUAAUGAAAUUCCUCAACUAACAAGCAGUCGCGAGGACAGAGAAUCAUUUUCUCUGAUUGAAGAUCUUCAGAAUGAUCUGCUUAAUCACUCCAGCAUGCUUGAUCAUGCUCAUUCACCCAUGGAAACAGCUGACCAACAAUUCACUGCUAAUAGUUCCUGUUUAUCUCUUGACCUUCCUGACACAAAUUUAGACAAUAUGGAGUGGUUAGACAUUACCAUGCCCAAUUCCUCAUCGGGGCUUACUCCUCUGAGCUCUACUGCCCCAAGUAUGUUUUCCACUGACUUUCUAGAUCCACAAGACCUACAGCUGCACUGGGAUUAAGCUAUAGAGGUGCAGCAGAUGAAAAUUUGACUUUAUCUGUUUACAGUAUAUGUCCUUUAUGACACAAUUCUGGUUGCAAUUAAGGUAAAUUAUCACAGAAUGAUUGGGAAGGAGAAAUGCUUGAUGCUAAUUCUGCAUUUAUGUUGAAGUAUACAAGUAAGUUUCUUUACCCUUCUAUCAAUAAUGCAGAUCAGAGCCAUCUGGGAAUUAUACUUCACAGGUCAAGAGAGAAUGAUUGUAGUUAUUGAUGAAAAGUACCACCCAGAAGAAAGCAGGAAAAAAAAGUGUAUAUAGGAAAUAGCAUUGAGAUAUCUUCAUAAUGCUCAAACGAACUGCAAAACGUGUGGUCAUUUGAUUAGACUUUAAACAGAAGAAAAAUAGUGCAAUCAGAUUUCAACCUACUGUACCAAUAAAGAGUAAACAUUGUUUGAGGGAAGGUAAGAUAUCACUGCACUUGAUUGUUCCUGUGGACAGCCUGAGCCAAGAUCAAGAGGCAUUGUAAGGGCAAAGGCAACUAAAAGCACUGGCUGGUUCAGUGAAAUUUCACUUGUCUAGAGUCUUUAAAUUUGUUCAAGUUGUAUUUGUAUUUUAUUUUAUUUUCUGUGACUUUUAGAAAACUCCUCUUACUCUAUUUCAAUUUUAAAUCCUGAGGGAAGAACUUAACUGCAGCCAAAGGGAUAUUUUAAAUGUAAUUGCACACAAUCCACUGUAGCAAGGCCAGGUAUAUUGAGAACACUGAAUUUUCUAUAGCAACACUUUGGAUUUAUUAGAUAUGUGUAUAUCAGACAGUUAUUUGUAUACUUUUUACCUUUGUGACUUGUACAGCUUAUUUUUGUGGAGGCAGAGUAGCAGUGGUCACCAAACCAAUAGACUAUAGUAUUCUAAGAAUAUUUAAUAUCCAAGUUUACUUCCAUUGUUUCAGAGACUAUUUGCUAGAGACAUUCAUCUAGCCAAAUAUCUCAAAGAAUCAUUUCAGGAUAUUAAAAUGUUUACAGGACAAUACAAGAGGAGUUCCAUAUAAUUGUUGUAGGCCCUGAUCUUGCAAACAUUUAUGGACAUGAGUAUGACAUGCUGACCUCAAUUAAAAUUUUUGCAGGAUCAAGGUCAGAAUUCAUAGGAUGUACUGACAAGAUAGGCAACUUUCAUCUCUUAAGAUAGCGACAUACCAACUCCCUAACCCCUGAACAUCUUAGGUAAAAGUUGUUCAAGAGCAAUGAAAAAGUAGAAAAGCUUCAAGAUGUAAAAUUCAACACUAUUAAGGAUUAAUCCUUCAAAAAAUAGAGUAGAUGAUUGUAGCAAAAAACAGUACUUAGUUGUGGGCAUGCUGGAUUGGUGGUGAUGGGCAUGCAGUAACAAAUGACAACCCCCUAAUUUGCUCCUUGUAGAAUUUCUAACUUUUUAGAAACUAACAUGAAAAUACUUUGAAAAACAAACCAGAAUGCAAAUAGGAAUGAAAUAUUCUAGAACUCUAUUUUAUUUCUCAUACAAUAACUUUAACAGUAUUGCUGUAACUAAUACAUACAUAUUCCCACAAAAUUAAGAUUAGAAAUAAAGUAAUUUCUGGAUUGAAAAUGGGUCUCAGAUCAGAAUCAGGUUUCAGAGUAGCAGCCGUGUUAGUCUGUAUCCGCAAAAAGAACAGGAGUACUUGUGACA